UAGCGAAAAAGAAAAACCCUAUUGGAUCCAAAACCAAAACCAAAACGCUCGCAAAUUUUUUUCAAAAUUAGAACCCCGCCAUUCGUCAAACCCUUCUCUUCCCCCCCUUUUCUUAACGGUCCUUCCUCUCUCUCUCUUAAAAGCCUGAACUUGCUUCUCUCUCUCUCUCUCACAUACAAACAAACGCUUAGAUCCAAAUGGCCUCGUCUUUGCCUUCAUCUACGUCAGUGUCGCCGCCGGAUUCUCCGCCGUUGCAACAGCCACACAGAUCUGAACAACCACCACCACCACCACCGCCACAACCACAACAACCGCCGCCCAUGGCGGUGCCGUUGCCUUCUUCUUCUACUGAUCCCGACACCUCUUCUCGCCACCACACGUACAGCCGAAAGCAAAAGUCCCUCGGCCUCUUGUGCUCCAAUUUCUUGAGCUUGUACGAUCGCAACGACGUCCGCUUGAUCGGCCUCGACGAUGCCGCCUCUCGAUUAGGGGUUGAGAGGCGAAGAAUAUACGAUAUUGUGAACGUGUUGGAGAGUGUUGGGGUUCUUGCAAGAAGGGCCAAGAAUCAAUAUACCUGGAAAGGGUUUGGUGCAAUCCCGAUUGCCUUAAAGGAACUCAAGGAAGAGGGUAUGAGAGAAAAUACCAGUGGCUUUGAUGGCAAUGACUUUGCCAAAGUUUCAGAUGACGAGGAUGAUGAUGAAAGACUUUCCAAUCCCAGUACUGGAAGUCAGAAUGACAAGUCAAACCCUAAUAGUUCUGUCAAAUGCUUGCUAAAAGAUAAUCGGAGGGAAAAGUCUCUGGCACUUCUUACACAAAAUUUUGUCAAGCUCUUUGUCUGCUCUAAUGCGAAAUUGAUCUCCCUUGAUGAAGCUGCAAAGUUAUUGCUAGGGGAUGCCCACAAUUCUUCAAUAAUGAGAACAAAAGUAAGGCGUCUAUAUGAUAUUGCAAAUGUGUUAUCUUCAAUGAAACUGAUUGAGAAGACCCAUACAACAGACACCAGGAAACCUGCAUUCAGGUGGUUAGGGUGCAGAGGGAAAGCUGAGAAUGAGCAAGCUCCGGUUGAUUCUAGGAAAAGAAUGUUUGGAAGUGAUAUCACAAACAUUGGUUUUAAGAGGAGCAAAGUAGGGUCUUUAUUUGAUACGAAUUUAAACCAGGAUCUGAAAGUACAAAAACAAGGGAAAUUUGACAGUUUGGUACAUGAUCUUGAUAGAGGCAAUUCAGAACAUGACUCAAAACAGACUUCAAAGAGCUACCAAUUUGGUCCUUUCGCUCCUGCCAGUGUAUCCAAAGUUGGUGCCCCCGAGAAUAACAGUGUAAAGCGAGUUCAUGACUGGGAAAGUCUUGCUUCUACCCAUCGUCCUCAAUAUCAAAACCAAGCUUUGAAAGACCUCUUCUCCCAUUACGUGGAAGCAUGGAAAUCAUGGUACUCAGAAGUUGCUGGAAAGAAGCCAAUACAGAUUUCUUGAUACUUCCUACCAAUGAGCUCCCAAUGAACAAGUACAGCAACAAAAUACCAUUUUUUUUUUCUUUGUACUGAUUAGUGAUUUGACAAAGAGUGGCUCCGUGUUGUAUGCAUGUUCUUUAUGCAACAACUUAGAAUUGCCACCCACGGGAUCUUCAUUUCUUCCUUGUCUUUACAGUCUCACACAUUUUUUUUCCCCGGUUCCUGUAUGCAUUGAUUCCAAAUGCAUUUUUUCUUCGUUUCUUAAUCUCAUGUAUUUCAAUAGAUGAUUAAUGUUGUCCUGUAUGCAUUAGAUACAGUUCUCCUAUUUAGAAACUUUCUUUCUAGAGUUCUUUUUA